AUGAGCGUGCUCUUACCGCUUUAUGUUCAGUCGGUACCGAAUUCCGAUAACGCGGGUCUUUUUGGCAGUAUGAAUAUCUUUCGACUGACCGCGGAUUUGGCGCAUCUGAUCGCGAUAUUUAUCCUCGCGAUAAAAAUGUGGAAGACGCGCUCUGUAGCCGGUAUCUCGGGUCGAUCGCAGGUGAUGUUCGCGGCCGUGUUCACGAGCAGAUAUCUCGAUCUUUUCACCAACUUCAUAUCUUUUUACAACUCCGCCAUGAAGGUCUCAGCUUUUCUUACUUAUCAGGCGAAAUUCAACUGA